GUUUCCAAAAGUGCCUGCCGGCCGUGGUGGUUUGAAACACGAUUUGAUUGUUUUCUCGUGUGUGAAAUCAAUAGUUCAGUUCUUUUUCGUGAUAAACGGGCGAAGAUGCUUGCGCCACAGGCCAAGCUUGAUGAUGUUCCCGGCUUUUCCAUUCACAACGCGGAGGUGGACUACGACGAUGACGUCGAUGGUGGCAAGCGGAGCAAGAAAAAAUCCGGUGGCUUCCAGGCGAUGGGACUUAGCGCACCGGUGCUGAAGGGUAUCCUAAAGAUGGGCUACAAGAUACCGACACCGAUUCAGCGCAAAACUAUCCCCAUCAUCAUGGACGGCCGCGAUGUGGUGGCGAUGGCGAAGACGGGUUCGGGUAAAACGGGCUGUUUUCUGAUACCGUUGUUUGAGAAAUUGAAACAGCGGGAAGCGAAGACGGGAGGAGGCGCGCGAGCUCUCAUACUGUCCCCAACGCGCGAGUUGGCCAUCCAAACGUUCAAGUUCAUCAAACAGCUCGGUCGGUUUAUGGACUUCAAAACGAUCCUGGUACUCGGGGGCGAUUCGAUGGAUUCGCAGUUUGCGGCGGUACAUACACUGCCCGAUAUCAUCGUGGCCACACCUGGUCGAUUUCUGCAUCUGUGCGUCGAGAUGGACCUGAAGCUGAACUCGGUGCAAUACUGUGUGCUGGACGAGGCGGAUCGUUUAUUCGAGAUGGGCUUCGGGGAGCAGCUAACGGAAACAUUGAAACGGCUUCCGGAAGCGCGUCAGAUGGUGUUAUUCAGUGCGACGCUGCCCAAGUUGAUGGUCGAUUUUGCGACCGCUGGUCUGUGUCAGCCGGUUUUGAUACGAUUGGACGUCGAUUCGAAGAUUCCGGAAACGCUGGACUUGAAGUACAUCUACUGUCGCCCUGCAGAGCGUUACGCUACCUUGCUGGUAUUGCUGCGAGAGGUUAUACCUAAGAAGGCACAAACGGUUAUUUUUGCGGGCACCCAGCAUCACGUGGAGUUGAUUUCUUUGAUGCUGGCAAAGGCCGGGAUUCCUAACAGCCACGUGUAUUCGGCUUUGGAUGCAUCGGCACGCAAAAUCAACACAGCUCGAUUUACGAUGCGUAAGGUAAACGUGUUGGUCGUGACGGACGUUGCCGCACGUGGUCUCGACAUCCCGUCGCUCGAUUACGUCGUUAAUCUUCACUUUCCUGGCAAGCCGAAACUGUUUAUUCAUCGGGUUGGACGUUGUGCUCGUGCUGGUCGAAGCGGUACUGCCUUUUCCAUCUUCUCUAACGACGACAUUGCGCAUCUAAUUGAUCUGCAUAUGUUUCUGAACCGUCCGUUGGAUACGUCCGAUCGGCGUAUUUUCGGCACGACUCCACCGGAAUCGCAAGAAACGGAACAUCAGCUCGUUGAGGAGUACGUGCAACAUGUCGACCUAGCGACAAUUUACCGUGUGAGUAACAAUGCUUACAAGCAGUACAUCGUUACCCGUCCGGCGGCAUCGGCCUCUUCGAAUAAGCGUGCCAAACUGUUCAAAAUCGAUGAACUUGGCAUCCUGGAGGACUUCGAGCGCAAGGCUAGCGAGGAAACAAUGCCUACUAAAGGCAAGAAAGGUAAAAAAUCAAAACAAACGUCAGUUAAGGAAAACGCAAAGGCUACUCAGGAAAAUGGCGAAACCGAGCAGAAAUCCUCCAACGCAGGAAACAAUUCGGCGGCCGUUGAUCCAGAUGCGUUCCGGAAUGAUUUCCUCGCUAGGAUGAAAAGCUACCGCCCUCAAGCGACUAUUUUCGAGCUUAACCCGAAGGCAAAGGCCCGCGAGUUGAAUACAAUGAUACAGAAGCGUGAGAAGGAUGAGUUGAAGAUAGAAAAGCAUAAACGCAAGCUUGUUGAGCUGGAGGCGGAAGAACAUGCCAGGGAACAGGAAAGACAAAAUACACAAGCUGAUGAUGGUGCUCCGGAAGGGUCGUUGAAGCGCAAGAAAAAAGGCAACAUCCGUGACGAUGAGCAUUUCAUCUCCUACCAGGCAAAGGACGCCGCGGAUGAGGAUGGGUACGCGAUCGACACGUUUGCACGGCAGGCAAAUUCGGCCGAGCUGAGUGUGGCCGCGGAUACGGCCGACGGCCAACGCCUGAACCGCCAGCUGCAGAAGUGGGACCGGAAGAAGAAGAAAAUGGUGAACGUGGAGGACCCAAGGGCGGGCAAGAUUCGUACCGAGCACGGCGUGUGGAUCGCGGCAUCGUACAAGACGGGCAGGUAUGACAAGUGGAAGGAUCGUACGAAGCUGGACGAGAAGUUGAUGGCACAGCAAGUUCAGGAAUCGGAUAGCGAAGGAGAGGGAGGCGUAAAACCACCAGCGGUCACGCAGAAGAACUAUCCGAACACACACUGGGGCCGUCAUAAUGCAAAGGCCGAUUUGCGCAAACUGCGAGACACGGACCUGAAGACUCCAGAGCAGAUUAUUAAGAAGCGGCUGGACAUGGAAACUAAAAUGUCUCGCGAGAAGGCGGCAAGAUUGAGAAACAUUCAGCGUAAGAAAAACGCGCUUAAACGAAGGAAAAAGGCUAAGAAGUGAUCCGUUCAAUCAGGACCGAAUAAAUAAAAUCGUACUACGUUGAUGUAAUAAAUAUGCUUGCAUGUAACAAAAAAAAAGAUGUCUGUUACGGUACUAGGAAAAAACCAAACGCAACAAAUGAAACAAUAUAUUCUUAAGAGAAAGCUGUG